UCCGCCCAUCCCAUCAACAUCAACGGCGUUCGCCUCCAUCAUCACCAUCAUCACCAUCAUUUCCAGCAGCAUUUCCAGCAUCCAUCCUUGCCAGGACGCGUCGGGUUUCUCCCGUGGUCAUCACCAUUGCGUCGAUCAAGACUCUGGCGAUCGAGACUUGGGUGGUGUCAGUUGUCAGCUUCGUGGAUGCUUCUGCUCGACGCCGUCAGAGUUGCAACUAGCCAAACUUCCGUCUCGUGCUCCAGUGCCGGCAGGACUGUAAAGGGGACGGCGCUGUUGUUGCAAGCUCCUCUCCCACGUCGCGCGCUCAAGACUGUGGGCCAUGCCAGAGGUGGUCGUCAAUUGCGACGACGCAGGGCGCAUGCAGGCCUGCCCAAUCUGCUCAGCCCCGGUGUCGCGGGCCGUGUUUGCUGACCAUGUCCAGGGCUGCAUUUCACCCUGCUCCUCAGCCGAUGAAUGGGAACAGACCGACUCACCAGACACCCCCUCUCUCGCGAUGCCAAACCCCUCGCACAACUUGAACGACGACCAAGCCCGCCACAACAACCUGAAUAAUAGCACCAGCAGCAACCACGGCCUGCGUCGUCGCCCCCGCGUUCUGUUGCUCAACGGAGACGACAUCAAGUACAACGCUUCCAAAAACCAGAACGAGCUUGAGCUUGAGGCCAACACUGAGAUGCGCGUUCGCAAGCAGUCAGGCAAGCCGGGCAAGCGGCGCACCGCGCCGGGCAAAAGGGCAUCCGGCAAGGUCGGUGGCGGGUCGAACGGCAAAAACCUAUUUGCAGCGCUCAAGCCCGAAGCUUCACCAGACGAUGCCCUUGCACGCAUCAACGAUGCGCGUCAGUCUCCCGUGGAGUCGCCCGCUGAAGUCGAUGCAAUCAGCCUACCACCCGCCUCAGCUGCAGCAACACCAGCAGACGACGAGCCCACCUCAGAUUCCUGUGCCUCUGACGAGGCUGGGGACUCACCUGUUUCCAAGACGUCGUCUGCCUCUGCAGGACUGGACCACGGUGUGGAUGAUGAUGAGGAGGAGGAGCACGAAGUUGUUCCUGAGCUAUACGUGCAUGUGCGGCGCAUGUCUCGUGGGCACGGCAUUGUGCGCGCCCCUGGGGCACCGCCGCGCUCUUCCAGCUUGAGCGUGCGUUUUGAUAGCCACCCACCCCACGUCUAUAGGUCCCAGUUCACAUCGAAUACGAGGGCAGUGACACUGCCAGCAGGAAUACAACUGCCGCAAGGCGAGCAAGAGGCAGGGCUAAAUCUAGCUAAGCACGUCCACCAGUCGUCCGUGACCAAGACGGGCCGACACGAGCGUGGUUUGGGUCGAAUUGCGUUUGGAUUUACACAAUUCUGUUCACGAGACGGUACAGCCACCCUCAGGGUUCCUGGUCAUCGGUCAAAAUACACGCAAUGCCAUGGCGCAUCAGCAACUGAUCACCAAUGGUCCGGAAUUCCUCCCCGAGGGGGGCCAAGCGGUGUAAGAAAAUGCGAUAUGGGAAGCGAGCGAGCGAUGUGCUUCACCGAGGCGCCAGCCGCACAGAGGCAACGGGUGUGGAGGCUCUCGCGUUGGGGGCCGUCAGAACCAGAACGGUACCCUGUCCCCAAAAGCCGACGAGGACGGCGACGAACUCGAAAGAGUCAUGAUGACGAGCAACAACCACCAGCUCCAGCCCCAUCCCGCACCUUCUGGCCCCACAUCACCGUCAUCGACACAUCUCUGCUUACCGUUGGAAAGUAA